GUCGACGUCGACCAAGACUGGAGCGACGUUUAAAGAAGGAGCCGAAUCGCCGCGGAGUCCGGCGUCUGGUUGUUGGAGGACUCCCACCCUUCCGCGCGGCCCGACGACGAGAAGCGGCGGCGCCGGGAAGCAGGCAUGGAGAGUAGAAAACUGAUUUCUGCUACAGACAUUCAAUACUCUGGCAGUCUGCUGAACUCCCUGAAUGAGCAACGUGGCCAUGGACUUUUCUGUGAUGUCACCGUUAUUGUGGAAGACCGAAAAUUCCGAGCCCACAGGAACAUUCUUUCAGCUUCUAGUACUUACUUCCAUCAGCUCUUCUCAGUUGCCGGGCAAGUUGUUGAACUGAGCUUUAUAAGAGCAGAGAUCUUUGCAGAAAUUCUCAAUUAUAUCUAUAGUUCUAAAAUUGUUCGGGUUAGAUCAGAUUUACUUGAUGAGUUAAUUAAAUCAGGGCAGUUGUUAGGAGUGAAGUUUAUAGCAGAGCUUGGUGUCCCAUUGUCACAGGUUAAAAGCAUCUCAGGUACCCCUCAAGAUGGUAAUGCAGAAACCUUACCUCCUGGUUCUAGUGACAAGAACCUUGAAAUACAGAAAUCAAAAGAUGAAGCCCAAGAUAAUGGGGCCACUAUAAUGCCUAUUAUAACAGAGUCUUUUUCCUUAUCUGCUGAAGAUUAUGAGACAAAAAAGAUCAUUGUUACUGAUUCAGAUGAUGAUGACGAUGACGUCAUUUUCUGCUCUGAGAUUUUGCCUGCAAAGGAGACUUUGCCGAGUAACAAUGCGGUGGCACAGGCCCAGCCUAACCCAGGCUCUGUUGCUAUUUCAGAUGUUGCACCUUGUGCGAGCAGUAGCUCUCCCCCUUUAACAAGUAUCACGCCUCCUCAGAAACUUCCUACUUCUGUGAAUCAGGCAACUCUGAGCCAAACACAGGGAAGUGAAAAAUUGCUGGUAUCUUCGGCCCCAACACAUCUGACUCCCAACAUUAUUCUGUUAAAUCAGACACCACUUACCAACCCACCAAAUGUCAGUUCUUCACUUCCAAAUCAUAUGUCUCCUUCAAUCAAUUUACUUGUGCCGAAUCAGCAGCCACCAAACAAUGCUGUUUUAACAGGAAACAAGGCCAAUGAAGAGGAGGAGGAAGAAAUUAUAGAUGAUGAUGAUGACACUAUUAGCUCCAGUCCAGAUUCGGCGGUCAGUAAUACAUCUUUGGUCCCACAGGCUGAGAUCCCCCAAAAUACCACUUUUGAUGGAUCAUUGAUACAGAAGAUGCAGGUUCCUACACUUCUGCAAGAGCCACUUUCCAAUUCUUUAAAAAUUUCAGAUAUAAUUACUAGAAACACUAAUGAUCCAGGUUUAGGAUCAAAACAUCUCACGGAGGGUCAGAAGAUUAUUACUUUAGAUACAGCUACUGAAAUUGAAGGCUUGUCGACGGGUUGCAAGGUUUAUGCGAAUAUUGGUGAAGAUACUUAUGAUAUAGUGAUCCCUGUCAAAGAUGACCCUGACGAAGGGGAGGCCAGGCUUGAGAAUGAGAUACCAAAAACAUCUAGCAGUGAGACGGCAAAUAAACGUAUGAAAGUAAAACAUGAUGAUCACUAUGAGUUAAUAGUAGAUGGAAGGGUCUAUUAUAUCUGUAUUGUAUGCAAAAGGUCGUAUGUCUGUCUGACAAGCUUGCGGAGACAUUUUAACAUUCAUUCUUGGGAGAAGAAGUAUCCUUGCCGUUACUGUGAGAAGGUAUUUCCUCUUGCAGAAUAUCGUACAAAGCAUGAAAUUCAUCACACGGGGGAGCGAAGGUAUCAGUGUUUGGCCUGUGGCAAAUCUUUCAUCAACUAUCAGUUUAUGUCUUCACACAUAAAGUCAGUUCAUAGUCAAGAUCCUUCUGGAGACUCGAAGCUUUAUCGUUUACAUCCAUGCAGGUCUUUACAGAUCAGACAAUAUGCAUACCUUUCUGAUAGGUCAGGCACUAUGCCUGUAAUGAAGGAUGAUGGUAUUGGGUAUAAGGUUGAUGCUGGGAAAGAACCUCCAGUAGGGACCACAUCUGCUCCUCAGAACAAGCCAAUGACCUGGGAAGAUAUUUUUAUUCAGCAGGAAAAUGAUUCAAUUUUUAAACAGAAUGUAACAGAUGGCAGUACUGAGUUUGAAUUUAUAAUACCAGAAUCUUAUUGAACUCCUUUGAAAUUUCAGAAAGUUUUGGUUUUGAUUAAGGGGCAGGGCUUUCAGAAGACCUGUAAAACAAAGGUUCUCAAGUUAAUAGGAUCUGCCACGUCACCUGAAGGUAGUCUAGUUGGAUUAUUUGUUGAUAAUUUUUAGAAGCAAGUUAUUCUGAAAGUUUGAAUAGAGAUGGAGCAGUUUUUCCCCCAAGUAUCUGUUUAUAUAGUUAGCUUUCAGCACAUUCAAAAGAGGCAAAAAAAAAAAAGCUUGGAGAGAUAGUUUCCUGAAUAGAAUUUGAAGCAGUCUGAAUGUUUGAAAAUAACUGGAGUUAUUAGCAUACAUACCCUAGUUUAUCUUGCAACUUACCCCUUCUGUGUUAGCACUUUACUGCUGAAUUCUCAAUUUUCUUAAUAUUGAGACUAUAAAUGUGUGUUGUGUCUUGUAUAUGGCAUAAAAAGUAAACAAGAACUUUUAAAGUUGUCCUGGAAAUUUUCAGAAUAAGUCUCUGCUUGGUUGUCUUGGCUGUGUAUUCUGCUGGUCCAAAUGGCCUCCUGCCCCUCAUGAAAAUGGCCAUGCAGACAGGUCUCUCAUUUGAAAAAUGAAUUAGUUUUAGCUAAUCAGAAUUAAAUCUUGCUUGUAUUGCCAUAGUCUGGAAAAGACUUUGGUAGCUGGACUGUUGUGUAUAUACCUUUGCAAUGUGGUUUCCUUGGGCAAAAAUACUAAAGGAAAUCUGUAAUGCAGACAGGAGGAGAUGAAAAGUUCUCUUGCGUUUGUUUUGAAUUCUGUGAAUGGAGAUUUCCUUUUUGCUCAUUAUGGUUAUAAAUAUUCCCAUGAAGUUUUUCAAAUUUCGAAUCUGAAAACCAAAUUAAUCUUUAUGUAUAAGUCUUUAUAAAUGACAAAUUUCAUAAAUGAGAUGCCUACAUAUUUUGGGCAGGAGGCCACUGGCAUAUAUUUUUAAAUGUUCAUAGUACUUAGAAUCUCUUAAUAGGAAGUUCUUAUUUGAAAUAGUUGAAUCCGUGUUCUAGUAUUUUCCUUUCAGUAAGACCUUUUAGGUUUUUACUCCUUCUAAAAUGUUCCAUUCCAUGUGCAAAUUGCUGCAAUAUCAUAGCAGUCAGAAGCUAUAUGUGGAUGUUAAAUAGGCUUGUUGAUUCCCAUUUAUCUUGCAAACAAUAAAUACCACCUUCUUUUUAAAAUGACACAUAUUUAAACACUUAGAAAAUAAAGUAAAAACUUACUGAAGUGCUAGUACUAAAAGGGAAGCAAGUUGGAACAAAUAUAUAGCCUAGCAUUUAUAACAGGAUUGACUUGUUGAACUUCUGUAAAUGACAUUUUGCAAAGGAAAAAAAUUAAUAGAUACUGAGAAAGAUUGUUGUGCCUAGUUAUUAGUCAUUUGUAACCUUGCUUAAGUAUUUCUUAAUUCAACAUAGAUAUUUUCUUUCUCCUUAACCAUGUGUUUUUGAAAAUAGUCUAUUUCUUGACUUUGAACUUAAAGCUUUAAUCAUAAUUUCUCAUGUAUACAUCAUUCUUUUAACAGUAAGCUAGUUUUGAAGUUAAUGGUUUCAGUGUUUCUUACGAUGGUAGCUGAGGGUAUCAGGCAUCAGUAUUUGCAGUAAUAUAAGGAGGAAGAAAAACAAUACAAUCCUCUGCUUACCAAGGAUUAGAAUGAUGUGCAUCUGUUUUCUGUUCUGUGAGUUGAGACCUUUAGACCAGUCUAAACUAAUCCUUGGAAAAUUUUAAAUUACUUUAUAACUUAAGACUCUGAUCUCUGGAAUUGCAGUAUUUGUUUCCUUUCUGUGCAGGCAUUGAUAACAUCACUCUUUAACUAUAGGGUAUAUACUGAAAUAUUGUCAGUGGCAAUUUGUUUCAUUAAUGCUGUUUCACCAGUUAGACAUAAUUCUCCUAAAGGGUGAAUGAUGCUGAUGCCAGCAGAGCUUCCAGUCCUUUCAGACUUAACUGCAAGGUAAAUUAGUUUGUCAUAACUUGCUAUUAUGACAAAUCAGGAAUUAAUUCUACAAUGGAAAACUAUCCAUUCUGAAUUAUCUGGAUAUAAUUAUUUGCUUCUGCUGUGCUCUGUGUAAAUUCUGAGUAUCAAAUUUCUACUUGGCCUACUGAAGGUAUCUUGUAGAGUUUUUUUGGGGAGGAGGAAAACUGGAAAAUUCACUUUAAAUUGUAUUUUUGCCAGAAGACUCUUACUUGCACGUAUGUCAGGAUCUUCAGUUUCUCUAGAAGUCUCUAUAUCCAAAGUUCAGAAUUCAUGCGGAAUACUCCUAUGGGGUUAAACCCCUUCACUACCAGCAUUUAUGGGGUUGGAAAUCAAUAGCAAGAUGCUGUUCAAAACUUAUGAUGGGGUUUUUCUAUUUUAUACUUAGUUUUCUGGCAGUUGAAAUUCCUAUUUUUUUCUCUCAAGUUGGCCUCAAAUUUGCUCUUAAGCCAAAUUACCUAUAAAUAUUUUGGAUAGGUUCUGUUUGAAAUAACAGUUUGUUAAAAGAGAUGACAGAAAAUGAAAAUGCUCAAACUAAGCCAAGAUUUUUAAGUGCCAUAGCAGUCUUGCAAGAUUUCACUUUAUAUUUUAAAUGAUCGUUAUUAUCCUUUUGGUGGUAACGAUCCACCACAUACAACCAUUAUGAGGAAUUGGAUGCUCCAUUUUUCUUGUACCAAAAAGAUAAAACGAAUGGUAAACAUGAUUGCGGUAUUUUGCAUUUCCAAGGCAGGCAUAUUCUAAAGAAUUCACUGCUAAUUCAACAGCACUGGCUUUCUCACUUCUGUCAAUCAUAUGAAACCUUGUUCAUUUCUACCUAAUACUGUAAUGUUGAUACUUGUACAAUCUCCCCUGUCAUGACUUUAAGUUCUACUUUUCAUUAACCGUUACCUGAUAUUAGUUCGUAGAGCUUCUUAUGGCAAAAAUAAAAUGUUUUAAUUCU